AUGCAGAGGACCCCUGACGACUAUGGACAGGUCAUACGACAGCAAAAACCACCUUCAAAAGAUGACAUUUUAAAGUUGAGGGCGAGCCUUUUUAAUGCCACACAUCACAUAGGACAAUAUUGUCCUGCAGUACAUCUUUUGGGAGCAAAUCUCCAUAAUGCAAAUAAAAUUCCAGAUUCUAUUCUCUUUGAUACACACCUAGAAAAUGACAAUUCAAUUUUAUUUGACAAUGAAGUUACUGUCACUGCAGUACCAUUACCAAUUUUUGACCAUCCUCAUAAUUGUGAUUAUGAUGCAGAUGCAUGCAUUAACGAUCAAGUUGAAAAUUUUGUAAAAUCAAUAAAAUUUAGUGAAAAUGAAAUUCAUCAGAUUGAGGAAUCCACAAGAGGCCAGAGAGAGAACCCUGAGUGGCACCAGCAAAGAAGGGGUGCAGUUACAGCCUCAAGGAUGGGGUCCAUUCUUCGCACAUUUGAAAAGCAGAAACCCCCAUGCAAAUCGGUCAUUACUGCCAUCAUGGGGAGAGAAUGCUCUGAAGACAAUAUCCCUUAUACUACAGUACCAUCACUUAAGUGGGGGAUUAGUAAUGAAAAGAAGGCAAGAGAUCAGUACCUUAGACAACAGAAGAAGCAACACACAAACUUGUCAAUUAAUGAGAAAGGCCUAGUUGUUGCUGAAGACUAUCCAUAUAUAAGAGGCAGUCCAGAUGGAAUAAUAACAUGUAGCUGCCAUUCUGAGAGAGUGUUAGAAAUUAAGUGUCCAUAUUCAUGCAGGAAUAUGAUGGUGAAAGAUGCCAUAAAAUGUGGUAAGAUAAGGUAUCUGGAUGGCAAUUUUAUGCUAAAACCAUUCUCAACAGAGGGCUAUUAUGAACAAGUUCAGGCAUUGAUGUAUAUUCUAAAAUUGAAUAAAUGUGAAUUUGUAAUUUGGACAAAUGUUGACAUGAUGGUGAUUGAGGUUGGGUAUAAUGCUGAAUUUUGCCAAAAAAAAUUAUUACCUGGUUGUGUAAGCUUUUUUAAGCAAUAUAUAGUGCCGAAUAUUUUAAGCUGGAACAAUAAGAACAAAAUGCCCAAGAUGUGUUAGGGAAUGAAAAUGAU